CCGUGCCCAGCGCGCGGCGCCCGCCGCUGGCCGCGCGUCCCCUGCCCGGCGGCCGCUCCCUUCCCCGCCGCUCCAUGUCCCUGCCCGUGGUCCUCCCGGGCUCCUGCUGCCCGGUGGCGGGACUCUCGGGCGGGCCGCAGGCCGGGGCUCCGGGCACGGCGGGCGCCGGCGCCCAGGAGCCGCCGCUGCCCCCGCUGCGGCCGCGCUGGCCCCGGGCAGGGGUGCAGCCCCCGGCGCGGCCUCGCUGCGCCGCUCCGGCCGCGGGCGCCGCCGUCCUGGCCGCGCCGCCCGCGCUCUCGUCCCGCCGGGCCGCCGCCGCCGCCUCCGGUGCGGCCGGAGUCGCGGCCCCGGGCUCGGCGCUGCUGCCCGCUCGCCCGCUGCUGUCGCUCGGGCUGCUGCAGCUGAUCCUGGGGUGCUGCAUGGUGGCGCUGAGUUUCGGGGCGCUGUCGCUGAGCAGCUCCCCGCAGGUGAAGAACUCGUGUCCCUUCUGGGCCGGCUCCUCGGUGAUACUCUCUGGAAUCAUUGGCUUAACAACAUGGAAACGGCCUAUGAUACUCCUGGUCAACCUCUUCGUGCUGCUCUCUGUGGUUUGUGUCCUCUUAAAUCUGGCUGGAUUCAUCCUUGGCUGCCAAGGGGCCCAGUUUGUGUCCAGCGUGCCCAGGUGUGACCUGGUGGACUUAGGUGAAGGCAAGAUUUGCUUCUGUUGUGAAGAAUUUCAACCAACCAAAUGCACAGACAAAGAAAAUGCCUUGAAGCUCUUUCCAGUUCAGCCUUGUAGCGCUGUCCACCUCCUGCUUAAGAAAGUCCUUUUUGCCCUGUGUGCCUUGAAUGCCCUGACCACCACCGUCUGCCUGGUGGCCGCUGCCCUCCGCUACCUCCAGAUAUUUGCAGCCAGGAGAUCCUGCAUCGAUGAGUCCCAGAUUUCUGCCGAAGAAUUGGAAGAACACGGGCGUCUCCCGGACCCCGACGACUUCGUGCCUCCAGCACCUCCCCCUUCCUACUUUGCCACCUUCUACUCCUGCACCCCCCGGAUGAACCGCAGGAUGGUUGGUCCCGAUAUCAUUCCGCUGCCACACAUCUAUGGUGCACGCAUCAAAGGAGUGGAAGUGUUCUGUCCCCUGGACCCGCCCCCACCUUACGAAGCCGUGGUGAGCCAGGUGGACCAGGAGCAGGGAUCCCCGUGCCAAAGGCCAGAAGGAGCAGAAGCCGCCGCACGCCCGUUGGAGAUGACCUGCACGUCCGCCGCUCAAGGUGGGGAAAGUCCUCAAGUUGCAGGAGAAGAAAAUUCAGUCCUUGCCACUCCCAGUGCCAAUCAGCCACAUCCAGGGAGAAUCGGGAGAGCAUUCCACCCCCUGAGGAUGCGAUCGAAGAGUGACCCCCUGCUGCAUCAUUCCUCGGAGAGAGCCGCCCCCGUUGCUGGCUGUGAGGCGGCCACUCAGACAGAGGGUCGACUGGACCUGGCCGCGGUGACCCUGCGCAGCCUGCGAGCCCGAGCUUCGAGAUGCCGGCCUCGGUCUUUAAUCGACUACAAAUCUUACAUGGACACCAAGCUGCUGGUGGCCCGCUUUCUGGAGCAGUCAUCCUGCACUAUGGCCCCCGACAUCCACGAACUGGUCGAAAAUAUCAAAUCUGUUCUGAAGUCCGACGAAGAGCACAUGAGGAGGCCAUCAGUAG